UAUGAUGCCAUCACUGGUGGUCUCCCUGCCCCACUGUGUCCCCCGUCCAAAAUUAUUGUUACACACAUCCAUGGUUUUUGCGAUUGUAUCUCAUUUCCACAUUCUACGUGAGUCGUAUUGAAACAUAAUUGUUGAAUAUUUUCGAGCGGCUUUUUCUCUGGCCAACCACACUUUCGAGCCCACCAAACUUGUGUCCAUAGCAGACGCCCUCAGUUUGUUUGUAACGCUCGUUCCACACGGUUUCUCAGACUCUUGUUUUUUUUGCUGUUUGUGCUCAAAAAAAAAAUUUAGAGGCCCGAAAAAGGGGGAAAUCGUCACAUUUGGUUUAGUUUACAGUGUGAACAAAUUAACAUUCUUUCCUACCCUUCAGGAGGAUAAUUUUCAAAUAAGGAUAAUUUAGUGGAAUUAAAAAGAGCGGAAUAAUUAAAGAAAAGGCGGCAAAAUGGGUUCCGGUGGGAGGAUGGAUAGCUGUGGCCAAUGCAUGAAAUACAGCAUGUUUGGCGUUAAUUUUCUCAUUUUUUUGGGUGGUGCCAUUGUCUUUGGCUUGGGCCUCUGGACACUCAUCGAUCAGAACUUUGCCAGCGAACUCUUCGGCACAAAUUUAUUCACGGGAGCCGUAUGGGUUCUGGUCAUAACAUCUGGCAUCACCUGCGUUCUUUCGUUCUUUGGCUGCAUGGGAGCCGCCAAGGAAGUCAAGUGCAUGCUUCUCACAUACUUCAUCAUCCUCUUCCUCAUCUUCGUGACGAUGCUUAUUGGCGGUAUACUGGGCUAUGUGUUCCGAGAGAAGGUGGGCCAAACGAUGCGUCAGGAGAUGCACUCAUCCCUCCGGCUCUAUGGCAAUCGACGAACUGUGACUGAUGCAUGGGAUCACACCCAGAGUCGUCUUCGAUGCUGCGGCGUUGAAUUCUACCGUGACUGGACAAUCCAUGGACGUAUUCCUGAGUCCUGCUGCCAGGAGACAUUCGGUGGGCAGAGGAAACCCUGCGUUGAGUCACCUACACCGGCCAAUAUCUACAACAAGGGAUGCUUCAAUGUCACAGCGACGUACGUUCGAGAUCAUGCAGCGAUUGUCGGUGGAGCUGGAAUUGGUGUGGCAAUUCUCAUGAUAUUUGGUAUGAUAUUCUCAUGUGCACUAUUUAAGAUGAUAGAGUGACGACAGCGGUACAACUCCCAUUUUUUCAACUUGUAAGUCGGAUCUGAUCCCUCCUUAAGGUUGAUUCAUCACAAUUUUAUCGUCUUCUAUCACUCCGAAGCCCUCCAAUAUUAAGAAGAAACUCAAGCACUCUUUAAAUGUCCUUUUUUGUCAAUCUCAUUUUAAUAUUUUUUUUUAGAUUAAGUGUAAACGCUGACCUGUAAUCUCUUAUUUUUUUGUAAUGUGUAACGUAAAAGUCUAAGCAAUAAAACAAUAUUAUAAAAAUUUUUCAAUAUAA